GAACUGGACAAUUUUUUAUUUAUUUCGACUUUCUCAGACCAACACAGCUAUCUACCUGAAUCUAGUAUUGCUUUGGUUACUGUUUAAGAAUUUUUACAGGAAAAUGAACAUUUCUGUAUAUUGAUAGGGAAAUUAUUUUGGUACUUGAAUGAUUGGCAGAAAGAUGGAAUACGAUAAAACAUAUGAGAGCUGGAUUCCUAAGUAAAAUUGCAACAGAGGUUGCAAUGUCAUAGGAAAACAUGUCAUAAUUUCUUUUUUUAUUGUGUGUGUUUUACUUAAAGUUUGAAAUGCUUUUUGGUUUUUCAGUUCUUUUUCAGGCUCCAAUUGAAGGGCAGUUCAGUAAUGAUGUGUGCUCCAUGGUGUCUGUGCUGUAGCCUAAGCAAAAGAAACAGGAAUCUACACUUCAGUUUUAUAGUGUCAGAUUCAUUUUGCUGAUGCUGCUGAACCAAAAUCUUUGUGCUCCUAAGUGCAACAUCAGCAUUGCGGAGCAUGAAAGAGAACAAUUGAACCCAUCUCCCUGAGCUACUUCUCAGUUUGCAUUUUAUUUUUAAUCCCAUUGGUCAAAAGGCUUUGAGGACAACCAGGCACAUUCUGACAGACAUUUCUGUGCUAUAAGAAAGCUGAACGUUUACCAUUCAUUCUAUUACCAAAUUCAAGGGCAACUAAGGUGUAGAAUGAUGGACUUUGCAAGUCAAAUGAGUCUUGCUUUCAAAAGACAAAGCCUGCAGCAUGUGUGUGUGUGUGUGUGUGUUUGUAUGAAAUAUCCUAUAUUCCUGUGUAAAUCCUAAAACCUAAUAAUUAAAUUCCUAGUAUUUCUAGAGGAGCUGGGUUGUUGUUGUUUUUCAAGACUAGAGACAGGCUAUGAAAAGGCUCAGUCAUCAAUUCAGUAAAAUUUAUGAUGGAAGUACAUGACUGGAUAUAAACACUGCUGUUUAUUUGCUGUGAAAAUUAAUGUUUUCUAGCCUAGAAAGUACUGGAUUUGGCCAUAACAUACAGAGCAAUCCUAUACUUCUAUAACACCAGGAUCAGAGAUACGCUGCCACUACAUUGCCACGUCCAGUGCAGGCUCAGGCGAGGAGGGGAGAAGAAAACGCUCAAUUGGAACACACAGAAGCAGAGUAAAGAUGGCAGACCCACAUCCCUGGAAAGGCCCACCUCUCAGGAACUCUUCAGGGGGGGAAAGAAGGGCAGGUGUGCCAAGUGGAAGUAAGGAAGAAAAAGGAGUGAGUGGAGUGGCGUCCUUUGUAUCUGUUGCAAGCUGUACAGAGCGGCUGGUCCUGUUGCAAGUGCCCGGCCUCAACCUGAGACUACAGAGCUACAUGGGCUACUUGCCCGUCCGAGAAGGCAUCCAGGUAGUAGCUCAUGUUGUCUCCCUGAGCUGAUGAUUUCCUCUGCCCCGAGUCCCAGAGCAGCCUGUGACAGGAGCCUGCCUGGUCUGAGGUGAGCCUGUCUUUUGCAGUAGCAGCUUCCUGGGGGCAAGUUUGUAGAAGAGGGUAAUGGAUCUGAGGCAUGGCCCUGCUCUACAAGCAUUCAGUGCAAUGCCCACCUCUCUUAUUCUCCAUGAUAGCAGAGAAACUUUUGGCAUUAUCGUAGGACCUUCCAACCAUAUUGCUGAGGAGCUCUCAUCUGUCACCACUGGCUCUUUCAGAUUCUCCUGGUCAGCCAUGUUAGCCACCUGGAAGGGAACCUGGAAGAGGGUUAGGGAGGACUCGUGGGGUCUGUGCAUGGGAUCCAUUUAAUUAGGUCAUCAGGACAUGAAAGCAUUCCCAAACGCUUAUGGAGAUUUGUCUUCUGUGCACCAUUAUUCUGCCACCAUUAAUUCUGGUUCAACUUUAAUUGCUAUGUUGCAGGGAGAUGAAUAUGUUCCAAGCAUGGGGGGGGAUUGCUGAAUUUCAUGCAGCUAUUAAAGACACAGGAAUUAUGUUGAGGGAAAGUGGUGGCAACUGACAACCCUAUCAAAGGGGGAUCAGUAGCAGCGUUGCUGCAUCACAGGUUUUGGCUGGGACAAAAGAUGGGAUGUUGGCUUUUAACAAUGGCUGAGGGUUCUAGUGAGUACUGUAUCCAGAAAAGCAAAAUGCCUUGGAGGACGUUCAUGUUUUGCCAAGACAAACUAUGAUGAUUCCGUUGCCAGCCCGUGCUGCCUACAUUGAUUUAGUCUGGGUUUAUUAUAAUCAUAUUCUGUUUGCUUCAGUGUGCUGCCUGGAGUUGAUAAAACGUGCGAGUUGGGGGUGAGGUAGCUUGUGUCAGUCCUUGUGGUGAUGUAAUUGCAAUGCGAAAUGGAACAGCGGCGCUUGCAUAGCUGGAAGUUGUGUUGGAGGCUAGAAACAGCUCAGGCGAGAAUUUGCACCUGUGUUUCCUCCACUUUAAAGCCGCUGCCUUUAGCCCUGGAGGAGCGUCCGGAGCAAUUAGGAGGCAUCAGCUCCGAGGCUGCGAAGCUCCUUCCAGACUGACACCGGGGGAGGGGGGGGCAUGGACUGUGCGGCCGCCUCUCUGGCUGGCUGCGCUCUGGACCUUGAGGUUUUUACCAUCCAAGAUGUGAAGGUCCGGAGUUCUGAGAUCGAAGGGGACAAACUGCAUUUGGCUCCACCCCAGCCACCAAAGCAGUUUCUUAUCCCUCCUCCAGCCUCUCCUCCUGUAGGUUGGCACCCAAUGAAUGAUGCAACACCUGCUGCUAACUAUGACCUCCUUUAUGCAGUUUCUAAACGGGAAUCAGGUGAGAAAUACGAGCUGCACGCAGGUACAGAGUCCACCCCAAAUGUCGUGGCGCAUGUCUGUGACACGGGUGCAGCAGAAGAGGGAGACCCAAACAAUUCACCCAAGCCCAAAAUUGUUCAAACUCGACGUCCUGAUGUGCCAUCUUCUGUGUCUAACUGAUUUUCUCCAACAAGAGCACCUCUUUUUUAUUCCACUUCUGUAGUCUUCCAAUGCAUUUUAAUUUCUAUUGGCUCUGUUUGUCUGGUAAAAAUAUAUUGUGUGUUUCUGGAUAUUUACCUUAUUGGAAUACACUCUUUGCUGCAAUGAAAUCUUACCAAAGAGUA